ACGGCCUCGCGGCAGAGAGGGAGAGGCGAAUGAGCGAGGAGGCGGCGGCGGCGGCGGCGGGAGCGGGAGUGGAGGAGUCGAUAGGGAGGCGGAGGAGUAGCGGUGGGAGGGGGGAUGCGGCGGCGAGGGUGUGGGAGUUCGAGCGGGAUCUGGUGGCGGGGGCGGUGAUGGGCGGGGCGGUGCACACGGUGGUGGCGCCGAUCGAGCGCGCCAAGCUGCUGCUCCAGACGCAGGACGGCAACGCGGCGCUGCUGGGCCGCGCGCGGCGGUUCCGCGGGUUCGCCGACUGCGUGGCGCGCACCGUCCGCGACGAGGGCGUGCUCUCCCUCUGGCGCGGCAACGGCACCGCCGUCAUCCGGUACUACCCCUCCGUCGCCCUCAACUUCUCCCUCAAGGAUCUGUACAGGAGCAUACUGAAAGAUGCAGGAACUUCAGCUGAUAACAAGUUCUCUUCUAUUGCUUUGACCAACUUCAUUGCUGGUGCUGCGGCUGGAUGCACUACUCUGGUCAUCAUUUAUCCACUUGAUAUUGCUCAUACUCGUCUUGCAGCUGAUAUUGGCCGGACCGAUACUCGCCAGUUCAGAGGGAUUUGCCACUUCCUUGAAACCAUCUACAAUAAAAACGGCAUCCGGGGUAUCUACAGAGGAUUGCCAGCAUCACUGCAAGGGAUGGUUGUCCACCGGGGCUUAUAUUUUGGAGGCUUUGACACAGCCAAGGAUGUGCUGGUGCCACUAGACUCACCCCUCUGGCAGCGCUGGGUGACGGCACAGGCAGUCACCUCCAUGGCGGGGCUCGUCUCAUACCCGCUGGAUACCGUGCGGAGGAGGAUGAUGAUGCAGUCAGGGAUGGAUGUGCAGAUGUACAGCAGCACCCUUGAUUGCUGGAGGAAAAUCUACAAGGUGGAGGGGAUCAAGUCGUUCUACCGCGGAGCACUUUCUAACAUGUUUAGGAGCACCGGCGCUGCCGCCAUACUUGUUUUGUAUGAUGAAGUGAAGAAGUUUAUGGACAGGGGUAGGUUAUGACUUACGACACGUAUAUAGAGGGUUGGUUCAGGUUCUCCAGAGAUUUUUUGGAUUCAGUAUGGAGAUUAGACAACCAAACCAAAGGUACAGGGAGCAGCAAGCUCGAGCAUUUUGUAACAGAGUUGUAGUACUACUGGUUUCCUCCAGGUCACUAACCAGCUCGAUGUAACUGGCGCUCUUCAGGUAUGAAGAUUGCUAGCUCUUGUUCGUUUGGUUUAAUGGUCUGAAGAUCGUAUCCCUUGUUUCA